CCAGUCGCAUGCAGUGGAGCAGUGUCGCCGUGCUAGACCCCCCUGGCGGCUCUUAUAUAUCUUUUAUCUUCACUGUGGGCGAUGGCAUGGCGCUCGCUAUGGUAAUCUUCUACAUUAUAAUCGCGAUGCUCCCAGCAUGAACCGCACUAGUUAUCUAUGCCGCUUUGUUGGCUUCUAGUUCUACUAGUAUCUAUAGUCGAGAGAGGAUUGCAACAGGAGCACACACAUGAUAUUAGUACUUAUAGGGUUAGCGAUGGUUUGCGAAAUCCUUAAGGGACUCCUUUAAGUGGCCUCCUUAAGGA